UGGCCCAAUCAUGACUGGCCUAGGGUUUCCUCUGUAUUUCAGGGUUCCUGCUCGAGCCUCUACUUGGUUUCACCGCAGUCCCGGCGCCAUUCGAACGACCACAAGAUGCCGUCGCACAAGACGUUCAGGAUAAAGAAGAAGCUGGCGAAGAAGAUGCGGCAGAAUAGGCCGAUUCCUCACUGGAUCCGCCUCCGUACCGACAACACCAUCAGGUACAACGCGAAGCGCAGGCACUGGCGCAGAACCAAGCUCGGAUUCUAAGAAAUUUACUCUGAGAGUGAGCUUUGCUUUUUUGUCUGAUGGUUUUAUCUGUUUCUCUGAGUUUAGUUUGUGACCCAUUUCCAGAAUUCUCGUUAGACAAUCUUUCGAUGAAGUGAUUAAAGAACGCUUUUGUUAUCUUUUUCAAAGAUCUUGAAUCGAUUUUUGAAGCAUUCUUGUUUUUC